UAGAAAUUAAUUGGACAGAAUUACAGCUUUGCACUUUUCUGGAAAAAAAUAAAAAAAAUAAAUUACUAAAGAUUUUAUCUUCAUGAAUCAUGUGUUCAUCAUCAUUCAUUUAAAUAAUUCAAGUUUAAAGUUUAAAUAAAAAAUUGUAGAGAUUAUUAUGCAUUUGUGUAUAUAUAUUUGACAGAAACAACUCAAACAAUCAAGUCCCAGCAGACAACUUUUCUAUGUUUCUUGCAGUUUCUUUCUCAGUGGUUGCUUUUCUAUAUAUUUUUUUUCUUCUGUUUCUUGAUACAGUUCCUCAUUCCUCAACUCAAGUAAAAAAACCCAGUUCACUUUUGGAUCAGAUGUUCAGCAAAAGUGUAAUGAACAUUUUUAGGUGAAACCAACCUGCGAAAACAAGCCAAUCACAGAGAAGAAUUGAAAAGUUCCAUUUAAGAUAUUUGCAGAAGGAGAUUGAGGUUAGAAGAGGAUGAAGAACUCGGUGUCCGAUCAGAGUUUCUACAUUGAAAGUGAAGAAGAGGAAGAUGAGGAGAAAGUUAUUAACAAACAUGAUGGUGGAGAUGACGGAAAUGAAUCUGAUGCUUCUGAUUCUUCAGCUGAAAACCAGCAGCAAAACAAACCCAGUUCCUACAAUACUUCAUGGCCUCAAAGUUACAGGCAGUCCAUUGAUAUGUAUAGCAGUGUACCAUCUCCGAGUAUCGGUUUCUUGGGCACUCCUACACUUUCAAGAUUUAGUAGUUCAUUUCUUUCCUCAUCUUUGACGAGAAGGCAUACUCCGGAAUCAUUAUCUGCAGUGACAAAACCUCUACUACCAACAGAUGAUCAAAUACAGCCUCAAAGACGCAGUUCGCAUGCUUUGCUGCCUCCGAUCCCAUCGAGGAGACAAUCUGCAAGAGUAGAUGAUAAAGCAUCCAAGGUCUCCCAUGAAUUUCCAAUUUCUCGCCACAGCACAUAUGGACAAGCUGUGCUCAAUGGGAUUAAUGUGCUAUGUGGAGUUGGAAUCCUUUCUACCCCAUAUGCUGCCAAGGAAGGAGGAUGGUUGGGUCUUAUAAUACUAUUCACAUUUGCAGUGCUUUCUUUUUACACUGGACUGCUCUUGCGCCAAUGCCUGGACAGUGAACCUGGCCUUGAAACUUACCCUGAUAUUGGUCAAGCUGCAUUUGGUACCGCCGGUAGGAUCGCCCUUUCGAUAAUUUUAUACGCGGAGUUAUAUGCUUGUUGUGUUGAAUACAUAAUUUUAGAGGGUGACAACUUGUCAUCCUUAUUCCCAAAUGCACACAUUAGUUUGGGUGGAUUUGAGUUGAGCUCCCCGCGUCUAUUUGCAGUGAUGACAACCAUUGCUGUUCUUCCUACUGUUUGGCUCAGAGACCUCAGUGUUCUUAGUUAUAUCUCUGCUGGUGGAGUUGUUGCAUCAAUCUUGAUAGUACUCUGCUUGUUUUGGGUUGGCUUGGUAGACCAAGUUGGCUUUCAUAACAAAGGGACUACAUUGAACCUGUCUACUCUACCUGUUGCUGUUGGACUUUAUGGCUAUUGCUAUUCAGGACAUGCUGUUUUCCCAAAUAUCUAUACCUCAAUGGCAAAACCAAAUCAAUUCCCUUCAGUACUCUUAGCAUGUUUUGGAAUCUGUUCUUUGUUGUAUGCUGGAACUGCAAUUAUGGGGUACACAAUGUUUGGAGAAGCAACAGAAUCACAGUUUACUCUUAACAUGCCUAAAGAUCUGAUUGCUUCAAAGAUUGCUGUGUGGACAACGGUUGUCAACCCAUUUACCAAAUAUGCAUUAACCAUGUCUCCAGUGGCAAUGAGUCUUGAGGAGUUGAUACCAUCAAGCCAUCUCAAGUCUCACAUCUAUGCUAUCUUAAUUAGAACAUCAUUGGUGAUCUCAACCUUGAUUGUUGGUCUGACCAUCCCCUUCUUUGGUUUGGUAAUGUCAUUGAUAGGAUCUUUACUCACAAUGCUUGUGACCUUGAUACUUCCUCCUGCUUGUUAUUUAAGCAUCCUGAGGGGCAAAGUAACCCGUAUUCAGGCUACACUUUGUAUUAUAGUUAUUGCAGUGGGAGUAGUUUCAUCAGCCUUUGGAACUUACUCAGCUCUCUCCAAGAUUGUUGAGAAUUUGAGAAACUGAAAGCCUUUUUUUUUUUUUGGUUUAAAUUAACUUCCAGAGUUGCUUUGAUUAUAUAAGUACACAAAGUCUAUGCUGUGCUGUUUCUUUAAUUCCAAAUGUUUAGUCAAUUCUGAAAUUUUGUAUCCCUGUUUUGAA